AUGGCGGAAAUGACACCAAAUGACAUCAUAAACCCUACCACAACUUCGCCAUGCAACUUGCACGUAGGCGGUUCCAGCUGCGCCAAAUCUAGCGGAGUGGGAAUCAUCUUGAGCGGACCGGGGGGACUCGAGCUCGAGUAUGCUCUCAAAUUCAACUUUGAUGCCUCCAACAAUGUAGCGGAGUACGAGGCAUUCAUUGCAGGACUACAGUUGGCCCUCAGCACUGGUGCCACCAGUAUCAACGAAUUUAGCGACUCUCAGCUCAUAGUCAAUCAAAUCACCGGGUCCUUCACUGCCAAAGAUGAGCAAUUAGCAGUCUACCUGGCAUACGCCACAACGCUGUUGAAACGAUUUGAAUUCUACCACAUAACUCAAAUACCGAGGGCCAGUAACGCAAGGGUGGACUCCUUAGCAAAACUCGCCAUGGCGCAACCACACCAAUGCCAUAAGGAUACGUGGGUUGAAAUUCUCCACCAUCCCUCUUUAUCCCAGACCUUACAGCAGAUAUGCCAGAUAAAGCGCAACCAAGCCUCAUGGAUGGAUGAGAUCAUAGCAUUCAAGCGUAACGGCAAGCUACCCGAUGACAAGGAUGCGGCAAGGCAACUACAUAGAUGCGCAGUGAGAUACUAUUUGCGGAAUGCCACGCUCUACCGCCAAGGUCUGCUGAAUGCUGGUUUGAGAUGCGUUACAGCCAAAGAAGGCAGGCAAAUCUUACAUGAAAUCCACAGUGGCGAUUGCGGCAACUACUACGGAAGCCGCGCACUAGCUGGUAAAACUCUGCGAACGGGAUAUUAUUGGCCCACACUAGCCACCGACGCACAAGAACUUGCAAGAUCUUUCCAUAAAUGUCAAAUUCACGGACCCAUACCACGCCAACCCUCAGAACCGCUAUCCUACAUAGUCAGCCCGUGGAUCAACUGCCUCUGGGGAAUGGAUCUGAUAGGCCCUCUUCCCGUCGGGAAAUACCAAUUCAAGUGGGUCAUUAUGUACAUCGAUUAUCAUUUCAAAUGGAUCGAGGCUGCGCCCCUGACUGCCAUUACAACCGAGAAGGUCCAAAACUUCCUGCAACGCAACAUCUUCUACCGCCGCGGUACGCCGGAGUCUAUAAUCACAGAUAACGGCACACAAUUCAAUAACGAUGACCUCAUCACAUGGUGUAGGGAAAUAGGGACUAAGCUCAAAUUCGCAUCAGUGGCGCACCCCAAAACUAACGGACAAGUAGAAGCCGCCAACAAGUUGAUCAAGGGCCUCCUUAGAAAAAAACUGGAUGAAGCCAAAGGGCUUUGGCCCGAAAAACUUGACGAAGUACUAUGGGCAAUCCGUAACAGAAGCCACGGGCGAGACUCUUUUCUGCCUAAUGUACGGCACAGAUGCAGUUCUUCCCAUCGAAGUAAUCCAACCAACACAACGGGUUUCGCUGUUUGA